GUCACCAAUGACACGUAUUCAAAAUGGCGGCUGCAGGAAUGGAGAGGUGGUGGGCCGCCCUGAUGCUGCUGUCCUCAGUGCCCGUGGUCCCGACCUUCUACGUUCCUGGAGUCGCUCCGAAGAACUUCCGUGAAGGUGAAACUGUAGAUAUUAAGGCGGUGAAGCUCACCAGCUCCCGGACUCAGCUGCCCUACGAAUACUACUCCAUACCGUACUGCAAGCCGGGCGACGUCGUCUACAAGGGCGAGAACCUGGGCGAGGUGCUGCGGGGAGACCGGAUUGUAAAUACACCGUACAACGUGGCCAUGAACAAGGAGAAGAAAUGCGAGAUCGUCUGCAGCAAGAAAAAGCUGAGCAUCAAAGAGAGCAAGCUGGUGGCUGAGAGAAUCCAGGAGGAGUAUUAUGUUCACCUCAUCGCAGAUAACCUCCCAGUGGCCACCAGGUUAGAGUAUUACCCCAGCAGGGAGGCGGCGGCGGAGGAGGAGCAGAAGAAGGACAUCGUGAAGGACGUCCAGUUUGAGCACGGCUACAGGCUGGGCUUUGUGGACAACAAUAAGUUUUACCUUCACAACCACCUGUCCUUCAUCCUCUACUUCCACCGGGAGAAACUGGAGGAGGGAGACGUCCACGACUACAGGGUGGUGCGAUUCGAGGUCAUCCCGCAGAGUGUGAAAGUAGAAGACCUGAAGGCUGUGGAAAAAGACGGAACCUGCACCCUGCCCGAGGCCAGCGGCUCCGCCGCCCAGGAGAUCGACCCCAGCAAGGAGAACGAGGUGCUCUUCACCUACUCGGUGCGCUGGGAGGAGAGCGAGGUGAAGUGGGCGUCCCGCUGGGACACGUACCUGACCAUGAGCGACGUCCAGAUCCACUGGUUCUCCAUCGUCAACUCCGUGGUGGUGGUCUUCUUCCUGUCAGGUAUUCUGAGUAUGAUCAUCAUCAGGACCCUGAGGAAGGACAUCGCCAACUACAACCGAGAGGACGACCUGGAGGACACCAUGGAGGAGUCCGGCUGGAAGAACGUCCACGGGGACGUCUUCAGGCCCCCCCAGUAUCCCAUGAUCCUCAGCUCCCUGCUGGGCUCCGGGAUCCAGCUCUUCUGCAUGGUCCUCAUCGUCAUCUUCGUGGCCAUGCUGGGCAUGCUGUCUCCGUCCAGCAGAGGAGCUCUGAUGACCACCGCCUGCUUCCUCUUCAUGUUCAUGGGUGUGUUUGGCGGUUACUUCGCCGGCCGGCUGUACCGCACGCUGAAGGGCCAGCGCUGGAAGAAGGGAGCGUUCUACACCGCCACGCUGUAUCCCGCCGUGGUGUUUGGGAUCUGCUUCAUCCUCAACUGCUUCAUCUGGGGGGAGCACUCGUCCGGCGCCGUUCCCUUCACCACCAUGCUGGCCCUGCUGUGCAUGUGGUUCGGGAUCUCCAUGCCCCUGGUCUACCUGGGCUACUACUUCGGCUUCCGCAAGCAGCCGUACGACAACCCGGUGCGGACCAACCAGAUCCCCCGGCAGGUCCCGGAGCAGCGCUGGUACAUGAACAAGUUCGUGGGGAUCCUGAUGGCGGGGAUCCUUCCCUUCGGAGCCAUGUUCAUCGAGCUCUUCUUCAUCUUCAGCGCCAUCUGGGAGAAUCAGUUCUACUACCUGUUCGGCUUCCUCUUCCUGGUCUUCAUCAUCCUGGUGGUGUCCUGCUCCCAGAUCAGCAUCGUCAUGGUCUACUUCCAGCUGUGUGCAGAGGACUACCGCUGGUGGUGGAGAACCUUCCUGGUCUCCGGAGGCUCCGCCUUCUACGUCCUGGUUUACGCCGUCUUCUACUUUGUCAACAAGCUGGACAUCGUGGAGUUCAUCCCCUCCCUGCUGUACUUCGGCUACACCGCCCUCAUGGUGCUGUCCUUCUGGCUGCUGACGGGGACGAUCGGCUUCUACGCCGCCUACAUGUUCAUCAGGAAAAUCUACGCGGCGGUGAAGAUCGACUGAGCGGCCGCUCCGCCGCUCUCCUUCCUCACUUUUUUUGUUUUUGUUUUGUUUUUGUUUAGUUCUUUUUUUAAACUGUGUAUUUUUAUCCACGUCCGACAAACACUGACCUGCGCGCAGAGAGCGCCGCCUGCUGGCGGAGGACGGACGGGACGGCGGCGGCUCCUCCUCUUUUUGUUCCCCUCAGAGACUCGGAGGCAGCGGCGCCCCUCUGCCUCGUCACCCCGCGCGCACACACACACACACACACACACACACACACACACACACACACACACACACGCGCGCGCACACGGCGGGCCGAAGCUUCCUGCACGCCCCCUGCUCUGUGUCGCCGUCUCUGCAGGACUCUGCUCCUGUGUGUCUGUCCUGGCUCGUCUCUCCUGUGUGUGGGCUGAUGGGAAGGCUCGGGGCGUCUGCCGGUGGUCGUGGGGUUUGUUGUCUGGGACCGAUGCGGGGAUGGAAAUCAUUUCGGGGAGUUCUACAUUGUAUCACCAGAAAAAGAAAAAAAGAAAAAAAAAAAGGUUAAAUUAAAUGUUCUAUUAUUUUUUACUCUACUUGUACGUUCCCUGUCGUUCUGAGCUCGCCGCUCUUCCCCCCCCAACGCCGUCAGUGUAGCCUGAGCAGCGCUGCAGCCUGCUGAACUAUGCAGUACUGGAGAGAGAGAAAGCGAGCGAGCGAGGGCUCUCCGAUACAUCCAGCUGAGAUCGCCCCGUCACGCGGGGGGUCAGAGGUCAACCCCCCCCCGCUUCAUUAAAAACAAUCAGCCGAUCGACACCGCUGGGUUCACACGAGCAGCACCAGUUCGAUUUGUAUCAUGAUUCCGGUGUGGAAGGACUUCUGUGCACGGCUCCGGUUCACGUGCACGGCCAGAGCUCACGGAUAAGAUUGAUACCACAGAGCGGCAAACUGACCCGCCUCCAACUGGAGACUCCUCCCGCCGCCACGCCGCCCGAAAACCUCUCCUCCGAAAGAAAACGAUGGCCGAGGUUUUUCUACGUCUGUGUGAACGUUGUGGUUUUAUGAGUUACUGUUUUGUUUUUUGAUUUUCUUGAUCAGAUGUGUCUCUGUGGUUCAUUGCUGUUUGCUUUUUUUUUCCUAAAUGUAAUCUGAAACGACGGCAUGAGUCCACUGCAUGUUCUCACUAGAGUAGACGGCUGGAAUCAGUCAUGUUUAUUGUGACCGGCUGCCAGCAGCAGCUGUUUAUCGAAUGUAUAUAUGAGCGGCUGUGCUAAGCUAGCUCCCCUCUAGCGGUAGCGUUUGCGUUCCAUCCAGACAUGUGCUAACUGAGCUACGCUGCUACGUACCAGUAGCUUUAUAUGAACUUUAGUGCCUUUUUGCUAACUGCGCUAACCAGCUGCUAGUAACGACUUUCUCUUAAAAACCAUACAGACAUUGUGGGACGAGCGAACCGUCUAAUUGUAGAAUCACUUUACAUUCAGACAGAAGACAUGGCCAUCUUGAAAUAGCGUAUACUUAAAUGAACAGGUUGGUUUACAGAACAAAAACUGUUCCUUGUUUCACCGUCAACUAAAUGCUAGUUGGAGCUUCUUCCCUUCUGUUAUUAGUAGUUAAAAUAACUUAUUUAUUUGAACGAGAUCAUUUAUGCUAAAAUAGGUUAGCUUGCUGCUAAAAACAGCUGAAUUCAGCAGGUGCGUCUUGGCUUGCUGCUUAUCACACUUUGAGUUUGUUCAUGUGAAAACAUUGUUUAUGCUGAACUUAGAACUAACUCUACACACAUUAGCUUCUUACUUCAUGUUUUUAGACAUGAAAUCGGUUUUGUGUAAGUUGCUAGCUGCUUGUGUUCCUAUGCUAAGCUAAACAGCUGCUAGGAGGACACAACAGAACCAGGCUCUGACUUUAUGCUAGCUUUAGCCUCCGCUAGUUGUAACUUCUCUGUUCCAUUCCGAGUUCACCGGCCGACCCUCCCAGCUUUCCCGAUGACGGGAGUCGGUGGGUUUAUCCUGUGGUAUCAAUCUUUUCUUCUAACUCUUGUCAAAAGGGCUCUUCAGUGGCGGGAAAUGCUAACGUGGAGCCUCCCAGACCGAGCAGGCAUCAGCAUCAGGCGGCAACCAGAACGGGAACGCUCAGUAUUUGACGGUGGAAGUCCUCGCUCCCAGCAUGCAGUGCGCUCUCCGAGACCUCCAUGUAAAUAUUUAAGCAGUCUUGCUCGCGCAGACAGGUGGUUUCGGCGCCACUUGAUGCACCCGGUGGUUUUUGCACAGAAGGAGGCGCCUGGAUGGAUCCUGAUUCUCCAGUGACAGACUGGCCCUCCUGUUUCCUCCUCUUUUCCUCUUCGCCAUCAGAGAGCAACACGGGCCCGGGUCCACGGCGCCCCAGAACACCGGAUCGAGCAGACGCCUGGAGACGGACUCUCGCCUCUCCUGCUGCUGAGGAGCACAGUGCCGGGGAGAUUUUUUUUACAGACUCGGGAGAGGCCCGAGUUCAGUGCGACGGAGGCUUUUCCCAGUGUACAUAGAAGAGGAAAAACCACGGCUUUGUAUUUGUUGCGUUGUCGCUGUCCGUGGCGCUCUCUGUGAUGAAUCCAGUCGUCGUUUUAGCCAAAAGCAUGACGCUCAUAAUGACUCUCGGAAACAAACUUGUUACUGCUACUUUUCUCUCGGUUCCUUUUACAGAAUGUUCAAUUACAAAAUGUACAAUGAUCAAUAAAAGUGACGAGCAGUUGAA